CCCAGAGAGCCCAACAGAUGCACUGCCAGUACAGAGCGAAGCAGAUAGACACACAGAGCGCUAUCUCUCUCUCUCUAAGAGUCAAAUUUUGACACACAAAAAGAGCACGUAAAUGAAAAACAUUUUUUUUUCGAAAAAAGAAGUGAGUGCAGACACUCAACCAUAAACAAAAAAUAACAAAUUACAAACCAACAUUUUCAUUAAUUUUCAUGGAAUGAACGAAACGGACACAUUUCUGCACUGCAGCUGUUUUUGAAACAGGACUGGAUUCUUUUUUCUUCUGAAGAGGAAAAGAGAGCUCGUCAGAUCCAGCAGACAAACCUGGAGAUCAUCCAGAGUGUGUUGUUGGACACCACCAGCAGCAGCAGCAUCUUCACAUCAGUCCCCUGAAGUGGGCUGGUGCAUCCCCUCACCUGCGAGCCACGGCGCUGCCCUCCUCAGACCUCCACAGCUCCACCAGCGGUGGUAGAGGAAACCCAGCUAGAGAGAUGGCUGCUGCCAAGACCGAGAUGGUGCUGCCUGCACUUCAGAUCUCAGAGCCCCUGAACUUCCCACACUCUCCUAUGGAUAACUACCCCAAGCUGGAGGAGAUGAUGCUACUCAACUCUGCAGGGACCCCUUUUCUCACUGCCUCUGCCCCUGAAGGGGCAGGCUUCGGGACUGGGGAACCAGGAGACCAGUACGACCACUUGACUGGAGAUACUUUGCCUGACAUCUCCCUCAACUGCGAGAAAUCUCUGGCUGAACAGAGCUUCCCCACCCAGCGGCUGCCCCCCAUCUCGUACACAGGCCGCUUCACCCUCGAACCUGCAGCCAACUGCAGCAACAGCCUCUGGGCAGAGCCCCUCUUCAGCCUAGUCAGCGGGCUAGUGGGGAUGACCCCUCCCACCACCUCUGCCCCGGCUUCCUCCACCGCUCCGACCAGCGCCUCCUCCUCCUCCUCAUCCUCCUCCUCUUCCUCUUCUUCUGCCUCCACCCAGACCUCGAGCCUGAGCUGCUCUGUCCAUCACAGUGAGCCAAACCCCAUCUACUCUGCUGCACCGACUUACUCCAGCCCCAGCCCUGAGAUCUUCCCAGAGCAAAGUCAGUCCUUCCCCAGCCCUGCUGUAAGCAGCUCCAUCCAGUAUCCACCCCCUGCCUACCCCAACAGCAAGACCUGCACAUCCAGCUUCCCUGUGCCUAUGAUCCCUGAUUACCUCUUCCCCCCGCAGCAGAGCGAGAUUAGCUUGGUGCCCCCUGACCAGAAGCCCUUUCAGUCCCAGCCUGGGCAGCAGCCAUCGCUGACACCUCUCUCCACAAUUAAGGCAUUCGCCACCCAGACAGGGUCACAGGACCUGAAGGCCGUCUACCAGUCGCAGCUGAUCAAGCCCAGCCGCAUGCGCAAGUACCCUAACCGGCCAAGCAAGACCCCACCUCAUGAGCGUCCAUAUGCCUGUCCUGUGGAGACCUGUGACCGACGCUUCUCCCGCUCUGAUGAGCUGACGCGCCACAUUCGCAUCCACACCGGCCAGAAGCCCUUCCAGUGCCGCAUCUGCAUGCGCAACUUCAGCCGUAGCGACCACCUGACCACUCACAUCCGCACACAUACGGGGGAGAAGCCCUUCGCCUGUGAGAUCUGCGGCCGCAAGUUCGCCCGCAGCGACGAGCGCAAGCGGCACACCAAGAUCCACCUGCGUCAGAAGGACAAAAAGGUUGAGAAGGCCGUGGCAGCGUCUGCUCCAGUGUCAGUUCCAUCGCCUGCUUCCAGUUACCCGUCCCCCAUGACUUCUUACCCAUCGCCAGUGUCCUCCUACCCCUCUCCAGUGCCCUCCUGUUACUCCUCACCGGUGCACACCUCGUACCCGUCCCCUUCGGUUGCCACCACCUACCCUUCGGUCUCCAGUGCGUUCCAGACCCAAGUAGCCACAUCCUUCCCCUCGUCAGUGGCCACAAACAUUUACAACUCUCCAGUUGCCACGCCCCUGUCAGAUAUGCAGUCUACACUCUCGCCAAGGACAAUUGAGAUCUGCUAAGACAUUCUUUUCUUUUCAUCACCUUAUUCAAUUUUUCUUUCUGCUGAACAAAAUAAUUGAAACAUGUUACUCUCUCCUGACAAGCACUUUUUUCUCUGUGCUCACCCCCUUCCCCCGUGAUCAGUCAUCAAUCUUAAGGUACCUAAAAAAAAAUACAUGUCAAGGACUGGGCAAAGAUGAUGGAGAAGAAAAAGGGAUCUUUCCUUCAAAUGAAUUGCAGCUUUUCAGAGAAAAGUGAGACAUUAACAGCAGCGCGAGUAGCAACAGGCUGUGAUAAUGCAAAACGGCAUAAAAAAGUUCUUAAUCAACAAAAUGGACUUUUUCUUAUCUGCAGUUCGGCCUCUAGGGUCCUAACGCUCAGUCCCUCCAAGUCAGUGACAGUAGAACAGAUCUGACUCAAACAGACUAAUGCUCAUGAGAGACUUUGAAGAUAUACAUAAGCUACAGUAUAUGUAUAUUGUACAUGUGCCAUGUUUUGUUUUUCAUUCUUUGGUACUAUUGAUGUGGAAAAACUUGCAUAUUAUGUUGUAUUAUUUGAAGUUAGCAGGGCCAUUUUUUUUUUUAUAAAUAGUUUCUCUUUAUGUAGUGAAAAUGCUGUGAUGAGUUUUGAAUUUGUUUGAGAAAAGCACUUAAGUAUUCAAAGCAUGUGUAAGAGUGAUGUUCGUUUAAAUUCUUUUGUAAAUAUCACCCGCUGGUACUAUCUCUCUUUUCCCCACAUGUGGCUAAAAGAUCUGUUAAAAAGGUUAAAAAAAAAAAAAAAAGACAAAAAAAAAAUCAAGUUUUCAAACGUUUUUGGUGCCUUUUGUGAAGCCUUGCUGACGUUCUGACACAACUAUGUAUGUGUAUGAUUGGAUGCAUUGCAUCUCGCCUUAAGGUGUAAGGGAUAUUUUUUUACAGAAUGUAAGAGGGAUUUUAAGGGAUGUAGAAAGGAAGACUUGACGGCACAGCUUCAUUUCUUUAGAAUGUAAGCAAAAAAAGAGAAUAAAGUAUAUUUUUGUAACUGAAAUGUAAAUAUCUACAUAUUCAGGAGUCGGAAUGUUGUAGUUACCUACUGAGUAGGCAUGGGAUUUUUUGUAUGUUAUUUACAUGCAGUUCAUUAUUUUGUGGUUUACUUUUAUUUUGUAAUUGUGUUUGUUAUACCAAGUGACUGUUUCUGGCUUCUAAACACAUUGAAUGCGCUUUACUGCCAAUGGGAUAUUUGGUGUACAAGAUAUCCUCCCAGAAAAGACAUAUAAAUAAAAUAUGAAUAAAUAAAA